AUGAAAUGUAUUCAACUUAUUCCUAUUCAAUAUGAUUCAUCAUUUGUCUACUCAAUAGAUUAUUAUAUUAUCUCAAAAGUUCAUAAAUGUUAUAAUAUUGUCUCAUACAAUUCUUCACAAAUAAUACUUUUUUCUAAUGAAUGUCGUGAAUUAUGUUUAGAUGAAUAUUGUCUUCUUUUCGAUAAUCAAUCGAAUCGAUCGAUUAUUAAUAUAUUCUAUUCACAAUCAUUAAACUAUGAAGAAAUUAAUUCUACAACAAAUAAUAUAUCAUCGUAUGAUUAUUUCUUAUUGGACAAAUGUGGUACAACAAAUCCUACUAAUAAAAUAUUAUUAAUUGUUAUUUUUAUACUUAUUGCUAUUGUUGUUAUAUUAACAAUAGCAGUUAUUUUGAAUACCAAUAAUACACGAGAACAACGCAAUAAUGAAAGUCAAACGAGUCGUUACAAUUCAAAUCUACAAUUUUCUGGUUUUUCAUAUAAAAGUAGUAGUCAAGAUCAGCCGAAAAUCAAUAAUACAGAAUAUCGUGGCUUUUACACUGAUGUAGACAAUGAUCAUUUUCCACAUAUCAUUGAAAAUCAUAAUCAUGUGUCAUUACCAUCUCAGCCUCUGCUUCGUAAAUUAUCAUCUACAGUUCGUGAUACUUUGACGUUAAAUUCAAAUGCAAGUGGAUACGAAGCAUUAGAAGAAAAACUCGCCACCAUUAGUCUUUAG